AUGCCGAGCCCCAGAACUCCGCGAACUCCUCGGACCCCAUCCAAGCGCAAGACUGCCCCGGUCGAGCGGGGAUGGUACCGGUCGACCCCGAAGCCCAAUCCAGCCCGAUCUCUGCUUGAUCUUCUGGACACUGCGGGUCCCAGCGUCCCCCGCACUCCGACAAAGAAGCGCAAAGCGGAGCCGGAUGAGCCCCUCAGUCCAUGGGCAGCGGAGGACGUACCUACUCUCGCGGAGGUGGAUAGAUUGGCAAAGAUGGCCAAGUGCCCAGCGUACCAGGUCCCUGUCAUCGUCAAAGGAAGGGCGAAGGUAGCCAAAUUGCAGGAUAUACCCAACUGGGGCAAGAGGAAGGACUGUCCAUUACUGGACAUGCUACCGAUGGAGGUACUUGACAAGUGCUUCAACCCUGAGCACGGCUUGAAGAUGCGUGACUGGAUCUCACUGGCUGGAGCGUGUACCUUUUUCCGAGACCGCCUGGACGAUGGCGUGUUCCGGGAUAUCUAUUCGUGCGCGGGUGCACAGAGACACUACGAGCCGCGUUAUAAGUCAACCGGCUCCACUCAUCCUGCCUCGCAUGCCUUCACCCGCCCCCUCAUCCUCACUCGACCGGAACGGCCCCCUCUCCCCGUCGCUGAGCCCCUUCCCAAUCCACCGCCAUACUUUAUUCCGCCCGGACCCCGGUCAUCCUGGACUUGGCAGCAGUACAAACGAUACAAGGAGGAGAAACAACUCUACUGUGCGAAUGAGCAGCACGAGCGAGAUGUGGCGAAUGAUAUGGCGGCGCAGCAGGCAUAUCGACCGAAGGGCCCGGACGAGCCGACGCCAACGAUCAUUACCAACAAGGGGCAGGUCAUGGUGACGUCGAAGAGGGACGGACUGAUGGAUGGACAGAUCAUGCGUGGGGAGGACGGGAAAGAGGUAGAGCACGGCGAAUUGCCUCCUCGACCGAAAGAGCCGGUACCGGCCUGGGCCGUGGAGCCAACCACGGAGGAUUGGGAGACGCCGGAGACGGAUGGCGAGGACGAGCUGGGACCAUACAUCGAGUUCCAGUUCGACGCCAACGGAGAACGGACCAAGGUGGAUACAUGGCCGAGCAAAUACAGGGCAAAAUGCGCGAAGGAGGUCAAUGAGCAUUGGCUCAGCCAGACCGAUGCCGUUUCGCAGUUCAAGGUUCACAAGCAGGAGCUAUUUGCGCUUAAGCACGUGAUGACGCCGAUCUAUCAUCCCAAAGUCAAAAACAAAUUCGCUUCAAUGUUCCGCACAGCUUCGGUUGAUGCCCUCAAGAUACGAUGUCAUGGUGACUAUGCGCAUUAUCUGGAGAGAACCAAUCAUAAUGCUGUCAAAUCCCAGAAGGCCCAAGAGACCAAGCAGGCGAAAGCCCAGCAAGCUAUAGCCGAGGGCAGGGCCCCUGUCACGCCCAGACGGAGUCCUAGCUGGGCGCGAUAUCAGAAUCAACUCCAGUGGGCUGACUUCGCCGACUACCCGAACAUGUGCCCUUGCAGGGGGCGGUAUGACUGCGAGAACUGGGCGUGUAACAAUUAA